AUGCUUGAAGUCAUCGCAGACGUACCGUACGGCGACGCGGCAAUCAAAGACGUUAACGAGCUGAUUAAGCCUAGCUUGAGCGCGGUCAGUACCUCAGUAGAUGGCAGCGAGCGGCUCUUGGAGAAUGAGCUACUGCGCCAUCUGUUCGACUUGAUUGGCGCGAGUGGUAUCACUGAAGAUGGGUGGCUCUUUUGCUCUCGCGUUGUGGAUUCUUCCUACCGUCAGCGCGAGGCCCAAACGGACAGUGAAACCGAGAUGGACAGCGAGGCCAGCGGCGCAUCAGCCUCAGCGCAGCGAGGCCCCGUCCAACUGCACGACCUCCAGAAUAACGGGCAGGAUGAAUGCUGGGUCGUCAGCCAGGUGCUAUACGACCGCGGCUAUCCCUUCACCAGGCCGCCUGGCGAUCCGACGCGCACUGUACCUGUGCAAGCCGUCACAUCAAGUUGCAGCAGCCAAGACACGGUGUUUAGCAACAUUCCUCUAACGCCACCUAGCACGCCCGUCCUGAAGUCUGUUCAAGUUUACCACAAGCAGGCAUGCAUGUCUGAUGACUCUCUGGCCAUGAGACUCGAGGAAGCCUCUUCGCUACUACAAGUAUACACUAGCCAUGCAGCACACCAGUCAUCCAGUCCGGUCAACUCACAUUCGUCUACGCUAGAGUCACCAUCACGUAUGUCUGCAGGUAUGUUGCUCAAAUCAGAGCGGAGCUCCAGCCACUCUUCUAUCGUUAACGUGGCCAAGCAAGUCGACGGGUACGCUGAUGCUCACCCUGGCUCGGCAGUUACUUUUUGCACACUGACCGGAGCCGUAAAGGACGGUGAUGAAGAGCACAAUGCCUACCAUCAGCACGGGGAUCAAAGAUUGUUAGAGGUUGAGGGCUAG